GCGCAUCCUGUUUUCGUUGGCUGCACUCUGAUGGCGGUCCCUGCCGGAGCUCUGUCCAGUGCGUAGGGCCGGUCCUCGCUCGGCACCGGGAGGGCUUGGCGCCCCCCUCCUUUGUCCUCUUGUCAAGCCUGCACAUCGUCUCCCAGGGCGCAGAACUUCUGGUGACCGGCAGCAUGGGCCGGGAGUCUCGUCACUACCGCAAACGAUCGGCAUCACGAGGACGUUCUGGAAGUCGGUCUAGGAGUCGCUCACCCUCUGACAAAAGAAGUAAACGUGGAGAUGACAGACGCUCUCGGAGUAGAGACAGAGACAGAAGGAGAGAGAGGUCUCGCAGCAGGGACAAAAGAAGAUCACGGUCCAGGGACAGGAAGCGCCUGAGGCGCUCCAGAAGUAGAGAGCGAGACAGAAGCCGAGAGCGAAGAAGAUCUCGGAGCCGAGAUAGGAGACGCUCAAGGAGUAGAAGCCGGGGCCGGCGAUCCCGGUCCUCCAGUCCUGGCAGCAAAAGCAAGAAGGCUGAGAAUAGGUCUAGAUCCAAAGAGAAAGCAGACGGUGGGGACAGUUCUAAAGAGAAGAAAAAGGACAAAGACGACAAGGAAGAUGAGAAGGAGAAGGAUGCUGGGAACUUUGACCAGAAUAAGCUGGAGGAAGAAAUGAGAAAACGAAAAGAAAGAGUUGAAAAAUGGCGAGAAGAACAGCGUAAAAAGGCCAUGGAAAACAUAGGGGAAUUGAAGAAGGAAAUUGAGGAAAUGAAACAAGGGAAAAAGUGGAGUUUAGAAGAUGAUGAUGAUGAUGAAGAUGAUCCUGCAGAAGCUGAAAAGGAAGGAAAUGAAAUGGAGGGUGAGGAGUUAGAUCCAUUAGAUGCCUACAUGGAGGAAGUGAAAGAAGAAGUGAAGAAGUUUAACAUGAGGAGUGUGAAAGGCGGUGCAGGCAAUGAGAAGAAGUCUGGGCCAACCGUCACCAAAGUGGUUACUGUCGUAACAACCAAAAAAGCAGUAGUGGAUUCUGAUAAGAAGAAGGGAGAGCUGAUGGAGAAUGACCAGGAUGCCAUGGAGUAUUCUUCAGAGGAGGAGGAAGUUGAUCUUCAGACAGCCUUGACAGGCUACCAGACAAAACAGAGAAAACUUCUAGAACCAGUUGAUCAUGGAAAAAUUGAGUAUGAACCAUUCAGAAAAAAUUUUUAUGUUGAAGUUCCAGAACUAGCAAAAAUGUCUCAGGAGGAGGUGAAUGUGUUUCGAUUGGAAAUGGAGGGCAUUACAGUUAAAGGAAAAGGUUGUCCCAAACCAAUUAAGUCGUGGGUCCAGUGUGGAAUUUCCAUGAAGAUACUAAACUCCCUCAAAAAGCAUGGCUAUGAGAAGCCCACACCAAUCCAAACUCAAGCAAUUCCUGCUAUAAUGUCUGGACGAGAUUUAAUUGGCAUUGCCAAGACAGGAAGUGGAAAAACCAUUGCCUUUCUUUUGCCCAUGUUUAGACACAUCAUGGAUCAGAGAUCUUUAGAAGAAGGAGAGGGGCCAAUAGCUGUCAUCAUGACUCCAACUCGAGAACUGGCUUUACAGAUCACUAAAGAAUGUAAGAAGUUUUCGAAGACCUUGGGACUCAGAGUGGUCUGUGUGUACGGAGGGACAGGAAUCAGCGAGCAGAUCGCUGAGCUGAAAAGAGGUGCUGAGAUUAUUGUUUGCACACCUGGUCGGAUGAUUGACAUGUUAGCAGCUAACAGUGGUCGGGUCACAAAUCUCCGAAGAGUGACAUAUGUUGUUUUAGAUGAAGCAGACAGAAUGUUUGACAUGGGGUUUGAACCACAGGUCAUGCGCAUUGUGGAUAAUGUUCGUCCUGAUCGGCAGACAGUUAUGUUUUCAGCUACUUUCCCUAGAGCUAUGGAGGCUUUGGCCCGCAGGAUCCUGAGCAAGCCCAUUGAAGUUCAGGUUGGGGGAAGGAGUGUGGUUUGCUCAGAUGUGGAACAACAAGUGAUUGUGAUUGAAGAAGAAAAGAAAUUCUUGAAGUUACUGGAGCUUUUAGGCCAUUAUCAAGAGUCGGGAUCUGUCAUUAUAUUUGUUGAUAAGCAGGAGCAUGCUGAUGGUCUCCUGAAGGACUUGAUGAGAGCGUCUUACCCCUGCAUGUCUCUUCAUGGCGGUAUUGAUCAAUACGACAGGGACAGCAUCAUAAAUGACUUUAAGAAUGGAACCUGCAAACUUCUCGUAGCCACGUCAGUGGCUGCUCGAGGUCUAGAUGUGAAACACCUGAUUCUUGUAGUAAAUUACAGCUGUCCCAACCAUUAUGAAGAUUAUGUGCACAGAGCUGGACGGACUGGAAGGGCAGGCAACAAAGGCUAUGCCUACACUUUCAUCACAGAAGAUCAAGCUCGCUAUGCUGGUGACAUAAUUAAAGCUCUUGAAUUGUCAGGGACGGCAGUGCCUCCCGACCUGGAAAAGCUCUGGAGUGACUUCAAAGAUCAGCAGAAAGCAGAAGGAAAAAUAAUUAAAAAGAGUAGUGGUUUCUCUGGCAAGGGAUUCAAGUUUGAUGAAACAGAACAGGCGUUAGCCAACGAGAGGAAGAAGUUACAGAAAGCUGCUCUUGGCCUGCAGGAUUCAGAUGAUGAGGAUGCUGCAGUCGAUAUUGAUGAACAGAUUGAGAGCAUGUUUAAUUCAAAGAAGAGAGUAAAAGACAUGGCUGCACCUGGCACAUCUAGUGUGCCUGCCCCAACCGCAGGCAACGCUGAGAAGCUAGAGAUUGCCAAGAGGCUGGCUCUUAGAAUCAACGCUCAGAAAAACCUAGGCAUCGAGUCUCAGGUAGAUGUGAUGCAGCAAGCCACCAAUGCCAUUCUCAGAGGGGGCACCAUUCUGGCUCCCACGGUGUCGGCAAAAACCAUUGCAGAACAGCUUGCUGAAAAGAUCAAUGCCAAGCUCAAUUAUGUGCCUUUGGAGAAACAGGAAGAGGAGAGGCAGGAGGGUGGGCAGAGCGAAUCUUUCAAGAGAUACGAGGAAGAGUUAGAAAUUAAUGACUUCCCACAGACGGCGAGAUGGAAAGUCACAUCUAAGGAAGCUCUGCAGAGAAUCAGUGAGUACUCGGAAGCCGCCAUCACCAUCAGAGGCACCUACUUCCCUCCUGGCAAAGAGCCCAAGGAAGGAGAGCGGAAAAUUUACUUGGCGAUUGAAAGUGCCAACGAGCUGGCUGUGCAGAAAGCAAAGGCAGAAAUCACCAGGCUCAUUAAAGAAGAACUGAUCCGACUGCAAAAUUCGUACCAACCAACAAAUAAAGGACGAUACAAAGUAUUAUAAACCACUUGGAGCCACUUUGUACCUGUGCUGGUCUGUGACGUUUACAAUGUAUUGUAAAGUAAGACUCUGAAAUUCUGUCUUGCUUAUUUUUUAAAUACAAGAAACUAGUUGUUCGUUACAGAAGUCGUCUGUCAGUAAGUACUGCCCCACACUGGUCCAAACCCCAUUCCAAUCAGACCUCCUUUCAGAGUGCGAUACUCCUUAAUGUCAACCUUGGAUACCAAUAUUUAAGAGUCUGGAAACAGUGGGGUUUUGUCUUGAAUGUACUAAUAAAGUCUGUCAGUCACUGAGGGUCA